AUGUCUCCACCAUCUGCAAUGUACAAUGAGCCCAGCACUACUCUUGAUAGCGCACCCGUUAAGGCCGGGUUUGAUGUUAAGCCAGUUGCCAUCAAUAGCAAUGGCAACAAGACCAAGACUCUUGCAGAAAUGGCCGACAAGUGGGAGCAAGGCUUCACAUUUGCUCCUAUCCGCGAGUCCCAGGUGUCUCGUGCCAUGACCCGCCGCUACUUCAAUGACUUGGACACCUACGCCGAGUCUGACAUUGUCAUCGUUGGAGCUGGAUCCUGCGGUCUCAGCGCUGCCUAUAUGCUGGGGAAGGCUCGUCCUGAUCUCAAGAUUGCCAUCAUUGAAGCUUCCGUCUCUCCAGGAGGUGGAGCUUGGCUCGGUGGCCAGCUCUUCAGCGCCAUGGUCAUGCGCAAGCCUGCUGAUGCAUUCUUGGUCGACCUCGGUGUGCCCUUCGAGGAUGAAGGAGACUUUGUGGUUGUGAAGCAUGCUGCACUCUUCACAUCUACCCUCCUCUCCAAAGUCCUCCAAUUCCCCAACAUCAAGCUCUUCAACGCCACCGCAGUCGAAGACCUUAUCACCCGCUCCAACCCGGACGGAACCCUCCGCAUCGCCGGCGUCGUCACAAACUGGACCUUGGUCACCAUGCACCACGACGACCAGUCCUGCAUGGACCCGAACACUAUCAACGCACCCGUCAUCAUCUCCACAACCGGCCAUGAUGGUCCCUUUGGCGCCUUCUGCGUCAAGCGCCUUGUGUCUAUGCAGCAGAUCGAGAAGCUGGGUGGUAUGAGGGGUUUGGAUAUGAAUACGGCUGAGGAUGCCAUUGUGAAGCGUACUCGUGAAGUCGUGCCCGGCUUGGUCGUGGGAGGCAUGGAGCUGUCUGAAGUGGAUGGUGCCAACCGUAUGGGCCCUACCUUUGGCGCAAUGGCGCUAUCCGGCGUGAAAGCUGCCGAGGAGGCUUUGAAGGUCUUCGAGGAGAGGAAGCGCCAGAAUGCUUACUAG